GUCUUGUCAACUCAGCCACCGUUUGAGGAGAGGGGACUGGAAAUGUUACCGCAGAACAAGGAUCUCGGUCUAGGAUUGUUUAUGCACCUCUGGCCCUGCAUCUACCGGCACGCCGGAGUCGCUCUUAUCGUAUGAUAGGAGGGAUAAGAGAAGGAAGAAGAAAAGAAAAAAAAAAGUCUCAAUUUCACGAGGUUCUUCUCUAACUUUUAAUUUCUCUCCCUCUUCCAUUGCGCGGGUUGACCAGCAUGUCCUUCGAACUCCCCUCCAAACCCCAUGAGCCCUUGAUGGGCGGGGCAGAGGAAGAGGACUACCACGAUGAGCCCGCACCGCCCCGACACCGCAACGCAAACCCGCGAUCAACGCUCAUCCUGUGCGGCUGGAUGCUUCUGGGAUUCCUGAUUGCUGUGAUAGUUUUCGGCCUCGGAGUAUCCAUUGGAAAGGGCAUUCCGACCAGGAAGCGCGAGGGACUGUUGAUCCCCGACGGCGAGGUCCAGAUCCGCAUGGAAUACAACAGCACCUUCUCGCAGCACCCUUCGCCUGAGACCGACGCGGCGUGGGCCUCCCUCUUCCCCAAGGGAGUCGGUUUCGUCAAACACCCAACCCUGGCACCCGAGCUGUCCGGGUUGGUCGUCUUCCACGCGCUGCACUGUCUCAAUGCCCUGCGCGAGGUCUACUACGCCGCCAUGGACGGGCAGCUGUCCCAUGCGGCGGACGAGCACGACCACAUGAAGGAUCCGCACCACGUCCGGCACUGCUUCGACUAUCUGCGCCAGAGUCUGAUGUGCGCGGCUGACACGAACCUCGAGCCCGUGGACAAGGAGCUCCAGGGGGUGACGGGGUGGGGGUAUAGUCGGACGUGCCGGGACUACCAGAGCGUGAAGGCGUGGGCGGAGGCGAACUGGUCGAAUGAUCCUUCCUAGCAUUUCUGCAGCGUGUAUAUAUCAUGAGUUUCUUUAUUAGCUAUUCAACGAGUCAUGAUCGU